CCCCCGGCCUACUUCACGUCCCGCCCCGCUCCGCAGGCCCAUUGCUUCCGGCUCCUGCGUUACGCGUCGUUUCUCGCUUCCUCGCCUUCGCCCCGUCCCUCUUUAUUCCCCCCACCCCAACUGCCGGUUUCCUUUCCUCUCGGCCGUCCCCCUCAGCCCCUCAGGCCGGCCGGCCGCCGCUUCCGCCGUCGCCGGAAGGAGAGCCGCGGGAGCGUCGGGGAACAUGGCGGCCGUGGAUAUCCGAGACAAUCUACUGGGAAUUUCUUGGGUUGACAGUGCAUGGAUCCCUAUUUUGAACAGUGGAAGUGUCUUGGAUUACUUUUCAGAAAGAAGUAAUCCAUUUUAUGACAGGACAUGUAAUAAUGAAGUGGUCAAAAUGCAGAGGCUAACUUUAGAACACUUAAAUCAAAUGGUGGGAGUGGAGUACAUCCUUUUACAUGCUCAAGAACCCAUUCUUUUUAUCAUUCGGAAACAGCAGCGACAAUCUCCUACUCAAGUUGUUCCUAUGGCUGAUUACUAUAUCAUUGCUGGAGUAAUCUAUCAGGCACCAGACUUGGGAUCAGUUAUAAAUUCUAGAGUGCUUACUGCAGUACAUGGAAUUCAGUCAGCUUUUGACGAAGCUAUGUCAUACUGUCGAUACCAUCCUUCCAAAGGGUAUUGGUGGCACUUCAAAGAUCAUGAGGAGCAAGAUAAAGUUAAACCUAAAGCCAAAAGGAAGGAAGAACCAAGUUCUGUGUUUCAGAGACAACGUGUGGAUGCUUUACUCCUAGACCUUAGACAAAAAUUUCCACCCAAAUUUGUGCAGCAAAAAUCUGGAGAAAAGCCUGUCCCAGUGGAUCAGACAAAGAAAGAGGCAGAAGCUAUUCCCGAAACAGUAAAAUCUGAGGAGAAGGAGAUUGCGAAGAACACCCAACAGACAGUGAGCACUAAAGGCCCUCCUGAAAAACGAAUGAGACUUCAGUGAAACUGGACACGAGAGAAGAAGCUCAGAAGCGACUCUUGCCUUUUCAUCUUGCCUUGCUCCAGUGACAGUCUCUUGGACUUUAAAAUUGUCACGACUUCCUUUCCUUCAUAAGAACAUAACUAAGAGUAUUCUUUCAGGAAGGAUAUAAGAGGAUCAUUGUGAUCGAUGGGAACAUUUUUUAUGUGUCUUUUCUAGCUUUCCUGGACUAGACUGGAGCAGCCUGGUCACUACACGUGCACAUCUGCACGCAUGUAUAAGCUAAAUAAAGGAAUUUGUACAUAUUAGCUCAUCAUGCCUUGUUUUCAACCUUAUUUCUCUCUCUGAAUUAUUUCUAGAUGCUCUUUGUAAGCAACAAUUGUUAAUGUAAUAGCUAAGCUUCCUUUCUUUAUCAGUUGCAUAUUUUUUAGCAUUUGAGUUACAACCUGAAAGAUAAAACAGAAACCCUCUACACACCAUUGCCUUACAUAUGCUAAACUUGUGCAAAUCAUUUUUUUCUCAUUGUAUUUCCCCCAAGCACCACUGCAUGUGUUCCCAAGAGCCUUAAAUAAAAACGCAAACCUUAGGUUACUCUUAUUUUAUCUGUUGUAAGUAUCACUGGGAGUUUACUUAAUUUUUAUGAACUGUUUUAGUAAUUCCUGUGAGUGAUUUGUUUCUGUUGUUUUGUUUUUGGGACUACACCCAGUGGUGGUCAGGAUACUCCUAGCUCUGUUUGUGGUUAACUCCUGAUUGGCUCAGGGAACCAUGCAGUGUAUGACUUACUACUUGCAAAUUAUGAACUCCAGCCUCCAGAACUAUUAUUUCAGCCUACUGAUCUAUUAAUAUUCUCACUGUAUUGCAUUUAAUUUUUCCUCCAGUUUUCAUUGUUCUAAAUAAAUCUUUAUCUAUUCUCCUAA